ACCACCCCUCCAAAUCGCAUCAAUGUGGACUCAUUAAAGUGUUGCGAGAAAUCAAGAACACUGAUGGAUGAAAUUGAAACCCGACUAGCAAAUGAGUCUACCCCAUUGGUCAUUGUAGCAGACUUCACUGAUGUGCAGUGGUCCAGGAUAAAAGCUGCAUUACAACAAGCUGGACUAAACAACCUUGGUACCACGAAACGCUGCUACAAAGAUUGGAUAUCAGAGGAAACCAUCCGUCGCUCAAUCCUGGCCAGGAACGCCCGUUUAGCUGGUCACCACAAUUACCAGCGACUCAGACGGGAAGCGACCCGCUCCGCAAAAGCAGAUCGGCGCAAGUACUGGAACGAACUAGCGAACAAGAUGGAAACCGCAGCCAGUGCUUGUCACUUCGGAGAUCUCUUUCGUGUCAUAAGAUCAGCGUCUGUCAGAAGGCAAUAUUUACAACCCGUUCUGCGCGACUCCACCGGGGGACUGAUCUCCGAUAUUGACGGUAGAAUGACCAGAUGGGUAGAACAUUUUAGUCGACUUCUCUGUCAUCCGCUGGGCAAUUCGGUGGAUAUGCAUCUCGACAUGGCGUCCCCGUACGAGGUCGGCUGUGAUCCUCCAACAAUGGAGGAAAUAGCCGCAGUGAUCGGUCGCUUGAAGUCUGGCAAGGCCCCUGGUACAGGUUCGGCCGUGAUUGGAAAUACGAUCGGGCGAAUGGAUACACAUCCGGAUACAUUGACCCUUCUGGACAGCUCGUAUCUGGUAUCCAAUACAUGCGUCGGCGCGGCACCCAAUUCAGUGCCACAUUUGUUGAUUCGCCAAGAGAGCAAUUCGCACCGAAACUGUGAACUCCCACCGGUCCCAAGUGGUUCAGACUAUCAGGAUCCGAAUGUUUUACUUGCGAGCAAUCGUCUUCCUCCAGCCCUGCCAUAUAACCCACCCUCGUCGGGCACCAAGUCAUCUGUCAACCCAAUAGGAACUGAUCCCCCUAUGCCCAACUCGAUACCAGGAAUUGCGUCAAGUGAGCCGCUCAUGUCACGCCUGUCCCGUGUGUCCGAUGACCCCCAGUCUGAGUCGGACGGAUUGUAUGCGAGUGUGGGUCACUCGGCUACCGGUUGCUCUAGCAUGUCUCGCGAUAAUCCACCGGUUACACUGAACGAUACGGUUAGAACUGAUAAAACGGAAGAAUGCAUAUUGGACCAUGCUCCGCCGAUACAAAUGAUCAUGCGCGAUCAACAGUUGAGCCAGUGCUUACCUCCGUAUCAGGAUGCUGCAACAGAAUCCAUAAUCCAAGUGGCUACACCGUACACCAAUGGAUCAGGCUCGACCGAAAUACGCACCAGUGUUGACCAGAUUCGCGUACAGUUUGUUCGGCACUUGCAGAUUAUAUUCCAUCUCUGCGAUACUACCACAGAAGCACAGAAACGGGACCGUGUUUUCACACCGAAGAUGCUGACCCACUUUCUGUGUUUGACCACGGAUAUCGUUGUAAAAUUGUGUGAGCAGUGA